CACUACAGAGCAACGUUUUGUAUCAUGAGUGCCUCCCAGAGAUCCUCUGGUGAACCUCCGUUCCAAGGCUUCCUGCCGUUUAGUAUCGGCAAUGUACUCAUCAAGAUACUCCCUGGUCUGGACAGUUCUUUCGGCCAUGAAAUGAACACGGAAGACAUGAUAACUUGUUCAGAGCUAUCGUUCCUGAGAGGUCCCACGGAGGACUUACUGGUGCCAUCCUGCACUACAACGAGAUCACCGUUGAGCAGCCGUCCAUCGCAUGUUACCAGCCGCCGCGAAAGUGCAACUGUAGAAAACGCCUCGCAGCAGUCUUGUGUGGGGUCCGUGGAACCGCAACUGGCUUCAUAUUCCGACACUCAGAAUAGCAGCGGAUCUGUCUACCAAACGAGCAUCGACACUCAGACCCUUCUUGGAAGACACGGGGCAUCAGCUCCUUCGAUACGUGACAGCCCCGCAAGAGAGCAUCCCACGAAGACUCUGCGAGUGACUAGUCUUUUCGCGUACUCCGUGUUGAUCCUCGGCGUGCUUACUUGCACAGCACUUUUCGGGUACUCGACGAUAUCACUGUACAAGAAUGGCGGGCAGUUACGAAAGCGGCAGUUGAAAGACUCAACAAGUACGACGACUCCCCAUGUGGCCCACUCCAGUACGGCUAACCUGCGCCUUUCCCAACCCUCUCGUACGGCACAUCACACCUCACCGGAUAAAAAUGCAACGUCGGACUCUCCUGGGCUGUUGCGAGCCGCAGUAUCCGAUGUUACCUUCCAUGCAGAAAAUGGAACAUCCUCAAAUAUUUCGACGCAGGGGACGCUGAGUACACUUGUCACUCCCUGACUAUUGAGUGACAUGCAUAUUUUGAGGACGUAAACGUAUUUCUACAGAAAUUCCCAUUAGGUGUUCAUACUGUCAUCAACAUUUACAGAGUUCAAACACUUAUGAAUACGGAAUAAAUAUGGCGUUGAUACA